AUGACGUCGGCCCCAACGCCCACGGCUGCGGCCCCUGCGGUUGGCGGCCCCGAUAGGGCCAACAGGGCAACGGCUGCCGGCACUGGAGAGAAGGGCAAGAGGGCGAGGGCCGCCGGCGCCCACGAGGACUGGGACAGUGGAACAUCCCAUCGAUCGCGGCCUGUUUCUCUCCUUGGACAACCUCCUGCCGAUCCAGAACGGAUCGAGAAGUUGGUUGGUUGCAGCCUGAAGAACAAUUGUUUAAUUUUGUGGACUCGGGACAGAAGCAGCAAGCAAUGGAUUGGUGCCUGCUCUGUGAAACGAUGCAAUAUGCCUCUUUGUAAUGGAGCUAUUAGGAAAGAGCUCAAAGGCGGUUAUGAUGGCAUUCAAAAGUGGCAUACAGUAAUAGUAUUGGCUCUUGUUUACAACAAUAAAGCCAUACGUGAUGCUGAUUUAAUCCUCGGUGGUCACCGCUACCACCUCCAAGGCCGCCGUUUGCACCAGUUGGUCUUCCUCUUCGCCUCCGGCAGAUCGGUGCUCCUGUCUUCAUCGCGUUCUCUUCCCUCUGUACGCACGAUGUUUCUCUUCACAGCUGGUGUCCAUGCUAAUGCCAUUACUCAAUUACCUGAUGAAGAUGCCAUAUCCCAUAUUACCGUUCUUACGAUUCCAUCAUGA